AUGAAUUUGAUGGAUAUGCUUUCGGCGGAUCCACCGUCUUCAAUAUAUGGCAACGAAUUAGGUCAACCAGCACUAUACACUGAGGGCGAAGGAGCGGCAGCAGCAGCAGCAGGUACUGCGACAGCCGCAGUGCUAGAUGAUGGGAUAAUGCUGCAACAAACAUCGAACAAGAUCAAUAAUAACGGGUCAGCCUCUGAAACAAACUCAACUGGAGUAUACUAUAUACCCACAUCAUUAACUGACUCUCAAAUUGUCCUUGCACGCAUCUUGUUACACUUAAUUAGUGAGACAUUGAUCACAGAGGUGAAAUCAAGACGGAAAAAGACAAGUAUUGAUAGUUUACUCGAAGUGUCAUCAAUGUCAACCACAAUUGGGAUAGGUGGUGAUGGUGAUCCCAACGUUGAUAGUAAGUUACGAAACUUGCAAUUAGUAUCGACAUGUUUGGAUAAUUUGCUAAUCAUCGAUAACCACCCUUCAUUAUUGGUGAAUCAUUUCAUGCCCAAACGGCUUUUACUACUGCAGCCUACGUCCUCACAGGCUUUGAUGUCAGGGAAAUUACAAUUUUUUAACCAUGUGGUUGAUUCAAUCUUGGAUAAGAAUCGUACGAAUGGAGAUGAAUUUUAUCCUAUAUUGGUUGUAGCUAGAAACAACAAGGAAUUGGAAUUGAUUGAGGGUUUAAUCAUCGGUAAAGAUUUAACCUACAAGAACACGGGCAACAAGAUUAAAUUGUAUGACGAUAAACGAGGCAUGAGCGCGCAUGAUGCCGAUAACCCCAAAGGUGGUGUGUAUCUCAAUUUAAUCCAAACACAACAAUUGUACAAUAAUUAUAUGAACCAAUCAACUUCAUCAAGCUAUAAAUUUAUUUUUUCAUUUGAUUUCAAGAUUGAUGCAACUAACCCAAGUAUUGAAAUGUUGAGACUGAAACAUGUAUGUCCCAUCUUUGUGCCUAUCCCUGUAUAUUCAAUCGAACAUUUGAUGUUGCAAAUAACCGAGCCUAGUGGUUCAGGAUUUGGAAUGGAUGUUGAUAUCAAUGAGGUUGACAAUAUUGCUGCAUUGAAGACGAAUCCGAAACAAGUGUGGAAAUUGAAGUUGUUGAACACAUUGGCGGUCAAUUUUACCAAAUUUAGUCAUAAUGGUGGUGGUGGUGCGGGAUGGAAUAGUGAGACUUUUUAUUAUGACAACUAUGGAAUUAUGAUGACGCGAUUUCUUGAAAAUGUAAGUCACCCACAACGAAUCGCCAACUUGUUUUCUAAAUUUGAUGAUGAAUUGGUGUUGCAUUUCUCUGAUGAUAGGUUGUUGAAAAAAUUGAAUCUGAUUUACGAUAAGCAAAUUUUUGGUACUAUGGAAUUAGGCCAUCCUUUAACGGUUGAUAAUUUCCAAUAUCAAUUUGCUGAGUUAUUAGCGUUCAAAUUGCGUCAAAUGAGUAUAGAGAUGGAAAAUUUGCAAGGAAAGGAAGAAGAAGGGGAUGCUAAAGAAGAUGGAGAAAAGGAAGUAAGCAUUGGACAAAAACGAUUACUUACUACUUCCAAACAAGUCCAUUUUGAUGAAGAUGAAAACACAAUAGCUGAAAGCUAUCAUAAGUUGAGAAGAUUGAAUGAUGAUGCUAAUAUAAUUGAUCGCAAAUUAGCUCGAGUAGAGAAUGAUUUACACAAGAGUUUAGAAAAAGAUGCAGAGCUUGAAAAUAAAUUAAAGCAGGUUCAAUCAAUUACUGAAAAUAAUGUUAGUCAGCUGUUGUUAUCUACUCAAUCAAAUCAGAUUUCCACUUUACAAACAGAAUUGAAAGAUUUACAACAAGAAUAUGAAAGAUUGAGUAGAGAAACUGAAGAUUCAAGAGUCAAAUAUCAACAAAGCUCCUCUGAAGCUGUUAUUGAAAUGCAAAAGCGAACCAGUUUACAAAAUGAAUUGAACAAGAUCAACAAUCGUAUGCAAUCGCCAGGAAUGGCAUUGUUACCCGAUUUGAUUCACAAGGAUACGAUACUUACUGAUCAACAUAGGCUAGACAGGUUACGACAUCAAAACAAGUUUCUUGAGCUGUUUGUAAAUGAUCAGUUGGGUAAACUAUUGGCCGAACGACAACUGAUUAUGGAGUCAACUAGUGGUGGUAGUAGUGGAAUGGGUGCUGGUGCUGGUGGUAUAUCUACCGGGUCCAGUAGUCGACCUAGCAAUCGAAUCAGUCGGGACCCAACACCAUUUUGA